CCAAGAAGCAAAGAUUUUUAUAUAUUAUGGACCUUCUCUACCUGCUAGCCGCCAUAAUUAAACAGAUAAAAGAAAAGUAAAACUUAGAAAGAAAGAAGAAGAAGAAUAAGCCCAAAAAAAAUAAAAAAAGGUUUGCGAAACAAAUAAAAGAAUCACGGACGACUCUUUCUCUGUGCGAUCGAGCACGCUGACAUGGUUGAGCUAAACCCUAGCGACGGUUGUGCAUUUCUCUCUGAGCUUUGACCCAAAUUCCCUAUUUCCAAUGGCUUCUUGAUCAGCGGUACGAGCUGAAGCAGUUUGGUCAUAUGAUGUUCUUAGUUUGUUCGAUUGGUUCUCCAGCCAUAGAGUCAGAUGUACAGCUAUUGCAUGUUUCUGCACAGGAAGAUCUUUUUGGCAUAUUCGGAGAGGUGGGUAGCACAAGAUUGAAUUCUUGGGCUGGAAGUGUUGUUUUGGUAUCGGUUGGAUUUUCCAAGUUUGGAGAAGGAGGAUAAACGCUAUCAUGGCUGAUGGAGAGCAGAAACUUGAGCUUAAAUUCCGCAUUUAUGAUGGAACAGAUAUAUGCCAUGGUAUUUAUGCACCAUCUGCAACAGUUGCAACUCUUAAGCAAAUACUAGUAGCAGAAUGGCCCCAAGAUAAAGCGACCAUACCCAAGUCGGUAAAUGAUGUAAAACUCAUACAUGCUGGUAGAAUUUUAAAGAAUAGUGAGACGCUGGCUGACUCCCAAAUGACAUUCAGUAACCUGUCUGGUGAGGUUAAUACCGUGCAUGUGGUGGUACAGCCCGCUAUAUCUAAAAAGAAAACAGAUAAACAGGAGGAGGAGCAAAAGUUGAAGUCAUGUCCGUGUACCAUCCUCUAAUCCAGGGAAGCGCAAGACUUUAUGGAUUAUGGCUGCCAUUACAGAUAGAUCACAUUUUCUCACCCUUUUCUUCUUUUGGGUUGUAUUUUCCCUCAAAUCUGCAAGGGAAAUAUUAACUUUAUGCAGCGUCUCCCAUAAUGGGAUUGCUUCUACUGUUUGCUCAUUUUUAUUUAUUUAUUUAUUUAUUUAUUUUUUGUGAUUCGUUCAAGUGAAAUCAAUAUGUCAACAAAGAUCAACCUUUUAUUUUC